CAUGUCACAGUUCAAAAAAGCUGCACCACCACUCUGGUAGAUUCUGGGCUUCAAGCGCAAGACAAUGUCUCUCAAUCUGCUCCCACAAAACAAAGAAUCUAUGCAUCUGCCAUCUUCUUGGGUCACUGAAAGUUUUGAUGUUAUUCUUUCAAUCCAUUCGAGUGGAAAAAGAGAAUGUCAUGGGAAUCCACUUCAAAGGAUCCAGUUGCACACUUCGCAUCGUCCGAUCCUUCCUCUUUGUCGCUGCCCGGAGAUGCUGAAAAGGACCACUUUAUCUUCAUCAAAGACAUGAAAGUAGGAAGAAAUGUCUCUCAGAGAGAGAGAGAUACUUUGCUUGCAUCUGCACAAAAAGCGCACAAGACUUUGCUUCAUUGGCUUCUGUUCACAUGCUACAAGAUCAAAUAAGCAUUCCAAAGUUUUCCCUUCCAAUACAGAAUUCCUUGUAUUGAUUCAGGAAAGCUAUUUGAAAAGAAAAGAAAAGGUAAAUCGGGCGAACAGUCACUGCCGGGGAUUUCAGAGAAUGGAGAAUCUAAUCAAGCAGGGAAGAGUAAGGUUUUUGGACCCUAAGGAGGAAGAGGUCAGCGGGAGCAGACAAAUCAGAACGGUACAGCAACAAACGGAUUCUUCGAAAGGAGAUCAGAAGACACAGAACUGGUUCACGAGGCAGUUUUCUGGCCAAAUGAGUAAGGAUUAUGACUAUGGGGACGGCGAGUAUGCAAGUGCGGUCGCAGCCGCUGCAUUUGCUAUAUGUUCCCUUGAAGAAAAUGAGGUAGGAAAGAGAACAAAGAUGAGAGAGGACUUUGCAUCCUCCCAGAAUAAGAUUAAGAGCAAAAUGGUCGAUAUGAAGACGGGACCAACAACUGCCAAAAAAGUAACCAUGGGAUCCUCAAACUUGGAAGCGGAAGGUAAGGUUAAUUCUCCCCAAAUCAUUACCACAUUCUCUUCACUGUUGAUAUUAAUCUUUCAAGGGACUAAAACUAACGUACCAUGGAAAGCUUCCGCGAAAAAGUCGCCAUCUACUUCCAUUACCCCAAAAUUGAACGAGAACCGAUCAAGACAUAGUAGAAAGGAAGACAAAGCAGAUGCCUGGGAGAGAGCUCAGAUUGAAAAGAUUAGAAAGAGGCAUGAGAGUAUGAAGUCCAGCAUUUUUCAAUGGGAGAAGGAGAAGAAAACAAGAGCCAAACGUUCUUUUGAAAGGAAAAGGAAUGAGCUUGAGCAGAGAAGGUCAAGAAAUCAACAGCAUUACCAAUAUAAGGUAGCAAGAUAUGAUCAGGUCGCACGUGAAGCAAGGGCACAAGCAGAGGAGAAAAGAAGAACUGAAGAAUCUCAAGUUAAGGAGAAGGCAAAGAAGAUCAGAUCCGGAGAAGCUCCUGUCAUAUGUUUCUGCUUCUAAGUCUACUUAAUAUGCACAACAAGAUUCACUUGUGGAUUGAUUAUAAGCAAAUACUUCACGUAUUAGUGGGUCGUUUCAAUUGUAUUCUAUAAAGUUUGAACUCUGAUGCAGAAUAGUAGUAAAUCUGCAAAAGAACGAAUUAUGUGCCUAUGAGGCCACUACUCGCACCGCUGCUUCUUCUAUGGCAAACAGCCAUCAACUAUGUUAAUCACAAGAUAAUCUCAGCAGACAUUCAACAACAAUGAGAUGAAAAAUGGAGGAUAUAUCAGAUCUUUAAGCUGGCAGUAGUAUUUCUGCUAAACAGGUUGAGCAAAGUUAGCAACUUCUCAUGAAUAAGUGAUGCGGCCAUAUUAUAAGGUGUUUGAGUAUCCUGGAUUCAAUCAGAGAAGCAGAACAAACGAAGUUUGGUUAACAGCAAAAUUUUGGUUAAACUCAGCUAGAAAUUGUUAGCUAGCACACGAAACCUGCCGGUACGUGCACAAAAGACG